GUUUUAACCACCACAUUUUGCUCUCUCUUUACUUGUGCAGAGGCUAACAACCACAAGAAGUAGUGAUCCACAAAUUCUAGAUGCUGGAGCCAGUUAAACGAAAGCUUCUAUCCCGUUAACAACCAUUUGCAUUGCUUGGAUCUUUGGUACGCAAUUUGAUUGCAUGCGCGUCAUCUGUUGUUCGGAAUGGUGGAUGAAUAUGCUACACCUGAGGAAAAGGCUACUUUAUGUGCCAGAUUGGUUUUGCUUGCCCCUCCUUGUGAAUUCAACGAAGUAUUAGACGAUGUUCGUUGUAUCUCAGGAGAUGACCAUCAGGUUCAAAAAAAAUUAGCGGCUGCAAUAGCUCAAUAUAACAAGGAUCAAAUGAUCCAUGUGAAGCUACCGGAUUCCGAAUAUCCAACUUUGAUUACUGCAUUUGCAGACUUAGGGAACGGAUAUUUCAUGUGUCCACGAUCACAAGUGUCGUUUCAUUUUGACCACCUUAAGCAUAUAGUCAGUGAUGUCAAAAGUCUUGAUCGCAACGGCGUUGAGAAUAUGGAUUAUGAUCUCGAGAAUUGGAGACGUGCCCUAGAAGAAUGCGCUACUGUUUACGUAAACGAACAUUUCCCUGAUGGAGCUGUUUCCGUUUAUGCUUUGAGGCUGCACGACGGUGCAAGAAGUCUUGUCUUAUGCAUCGAAUCUCACUUUUCUAAACAUCAAUCAACAGGACGAUGGAGAUCAGAGUGGACGUUCAAGCUACUUGGGCAAUCACCGUCAACGGAGUUCUCAGUUCAUGGAGUUAUUAAAGUUCAGACACACUUAUACGAGGAGGGUAAUGUUCAGUUGAUUUCAUCUAAAGAGGUUGAUUUUGUUGUCUCGGGGUCCGUACCAAAAGAAUUUGCCAGAGAGUCGAUGAAGCGAAUAAAAGAUGCUGACUAUGCAUAUCAGGUUGCUGUUGGAGAAAAUUUUAAAACAAUGUCCGAUACAACCUUCAAAGCGCUUCGUAGGCAACUUCCGUUAACUCGAUCGAAGCUAGAUUGGAAUAAGAUUAUCACAUAUCAAAUAGGUAGUGAACUUUCAAGAGCACCACUGAAUUGAAUUCCAUGAAAUUUUGUAUUUUCAUAUUACCUGGGUAGGGCAAUAUAACUACCUAAGUUGACAGACUAAUCUACAUAAUACUUGGUGUAUAAAAACAAUAUCUUACUAAUGAUCUUAAUAUUUGCUAAAAUACUCUUUUUCACCUGUUUACUGAACAUUACUAUUGAUCAGGAAUUCUUUACAUUCACAAAUUCUCAGUGAUUUAUAUAGACAUUUUGCUUUCUUGUCUUAUUUUUUUUUCACGGUAUGGUAGAUUUAUAUUUAUCAUGAUUUCUUCAUGUUGAUUCAGUUGUAUAUUGUUAUUUUAGAGUCUGUUUGUUAUGUUGUCGGUGUUAAAAGUUAAUAGUUAGGCAACA